AAUGACAACAGACAAAAAAAAACAGAAUACCCAAGUUAAAUGAAUGAAUAGUGAUCGAUAAAAAAUAGGAAUCGACCCAAUUCGCGAAAUUCACAACUGAAAAUAAAAUCAAGAAAGAAAUGGCGAGCGAGUGGCUUUUUCCGACAAAUUCAGAGCCCGAAGAACGCGAUAAUACGUCAAGAAAUGAAGAAUUAUUUGUGUUUGGUUACGCCUGCAAGCUUUUCAGAGAUGACGAACAGGCAAAACUUGUCGACAAGGGGAAAUUCCUCAUUCCGUGGAUGGGAGACGAAAACCUGAAGAUUGACAGGUAUGAUGGAAGGGGCCAUUUGUUUGACCUCCGACCUUAUGAUGCUGACAACAAGAAGGGCAGACUUGAACCCAAGCUGACAGACGAUGAGGAGAAUAUGGAGAAACUGUGCGAUGAGGAACGCUACCUUGAGCUUCACACUGAUAUCGUGGAAAAGGCUAUGUAUGAAGAGGAAGAGUGGAAACGAUACUAUGAGUCCCUAGAUGAGGGGUACAAAGCUGUCGAGUUCAGCUAUGACUCGUAUGGUCAGCCUGUAUAUGCAGAACAGCAAGUUGCUGAGGAGAACAAGGUGAACCCAGAUGAUCUGCCAUUCAUCACACCAGCUGAGCUACAGGUGCCUGCCGGCGUACACACUCCCACAACAAAUAAGGAGAAUGCCAUAAUUGAGAAGACAGCAAAGUUCAUUGCUGAACACGGAACCCAGAUGGAAAUUGUGAUGAAGACCAAGCAGGCCAAUAACCCAGCGUUCAACUUCAUGCACUUUGAGAACGAGCUGCAUCCCUAUUACAAACACAUGAUAAAGAUGAUCAAAACAAAGAAAUAUAUUCCAAAGUCGCCUGUGAAAACUGAGCGACAGGAUUCUCACAAUGAUAGUGGUGAGGGCGAUCACAAUGACAGUGGCUACCUGCACCCAACUCUCGUGUCAAAUAGAGACUCUCCCACACCAGAGCAACCAUACAAGCCUCUUGUGAUGCCCAAAGUGUCCAUCCAUGAAACAUCAUACGGGCAGCUUCUGCAGUCAUUUGCCAAGGUCGACAAAGAUGUGGAAAAGAAGAACAAAGCUCGGGCCAUUAAGUUAGAGCCCAAGCUUGAGGCUAUAGAGUCAACUUUGCCGGAAUUCGCAGGCCAGUCAGAGUACUCUGGUCCCCCACCCCCGGGCAUUGAGCCUGUUGAGCUGCCUGUGACAAAAAUAAAACAGGAACCACCAGAUGAAUCAGAGGCCGGGCAAAAAAAACAAGCUAAUGGUGAAGCAGAAGAUGACUCUUCAGCGAAGAUAGUCCCGCCCCCACCAGAUGCCCAACCAAUCAUAGACAGGAUGGCAAUGUACGUUGCCAAGAAUGGGGAUGAGUUUGCCAUUGUAGUAAAAAGCAAGAAUGAUCCUCGCUUUCAGUUCCUGGAGUCCUGGCAUCCUCAUCAUUCAUACUACGAUUUCAAGAGACAUUUGUUCAAAGAGGAGAUGGAACGUGAGCGUCGUGAGAAAGAGGAGGAGGAGAAGAGACGGGAGGCUGAGAGAGCAGAGCAACUGGCCCGAGGGGUCAAGUUUAAACUGAAAAACGUCAAGGAGCAGGAAGAGAAAAAGGGGCCACUGGAACGCAAAGCUGUUUUUGGUCAUGACGAGUCUACUGAUGAGGAGUCUGAGGGAAUGCGACCUAGCAAGUCUCGAUCAGCCACAGCGUCUGGCACGAGCACUCCAAUUCCAGAUGUGACAGCCAUACCUGAGACCAAGAAUGAUGAACAUAUGGAGAAGAAAUUAGCUGAGCAGAGAGUGAAGGAUCGUAUAGCUGCCUCGGCACGGGAAAAGCUGUCACAAGCUGAUCGUGAGGCUCAGAUGAAGUUGGAGAGAAAGAAAAAGGCGGCCAUGUUUAUCAACCUUCUCAAGAACAAAAACAGCACUGAAACCUCUGUGGAAACAACAAACGCUGAAAAAACUGCAGACACAGAUGUCAAAUUAUCAUCAAAAGCAGAUGGGUCAAAAUCGAGACGUAAAUCUAAGUCCAAGCACAAGUCAAGUGAUCGGUCAAGGUCAAGAGAUGGGAAAAGGUCACGAAGGUCAAGAUCAAGGUCACAUGGAAGGUCAAAGAAGAAGAAACGGAAACGGUCACCAACCCCACCAAGUGCUUAUAAUGUAUCUCGAAGGUCCCCACCAUCAAUUUUCCCACCUCCUCCCCCACCCAGGUUUGCUGAAGGUCGUGUCCGAUAUUCCCGCUCCCCUAGUCACUCCUCACGUCAUAGAUCUAGGUCAAGGUCACACGGUCGCAGCACCAAACAAAGGUCAAGGUCACAGUCACCAUCAAGGUCAAAGUCAAAGAAGAAAAAGAGGUCAAGAUCUCCGAGGUCGAGGAAAGAUGAAUCAAAGUCAAAGAAGUCGAAGAAGAAAAAGAAGAGGCAUUCAAGGUCAAAGGAGCGUCCACCCACAGUGUCUCUUCCUUCUGUUCAAGAAGAAGCCAUUCCAACAGUUCCUUCCAUUGACAGACAACCUGACCCAAGAGUUAUGUCCCCUGCUGGUGUUGCCAUGGAUACACCAGAAGAAGGAGAAACAAGGGAGAGCACUCCUGAACCAGGGCAGAUAACUGACACUGCCUCAGAGCGGGAUCACAGUGAAAGGUCAAUGAAGAAAAAUGCAGACAUUGACUCUGAUGGUGGUUCAACAUUAAGUUCUCCAAAGAAAAGGGUCAGAUCCCGAAGUGGAAGCAGUGGUCAUUCAAGCCGUAGAAGUUCAAGGUCAUCUUCAUUAUCAUCAGCAAGGUCAAGGUCACGCUCAAAAUCAAGGUCAAAGUCCAGAUCUAGAAGUAGGUCGAGGUCAAAGUCCCUGGCAAGUGUUCGUAGUUCACCUGGCAAAAGCUUGGGGAUUACUCCGGCAAACAGCAGUGUCACAUCACGGGAAGGAACCCCGAAUCCCCUGGAAGUGAAUGGAGAUACUGGUGGCACUCCACCACUUAGGAGAAAUGUUUCAAAUUACAUGCUGGAUCGAGUUCGAGCCCUGAUCAAAGCCAGUCGGAAGGAAGAGGACAUGUUUGCAGACGAUGACACCUGAUGAUUGUUUAGACGAAGAUGACAGAAUUUAGUGCUUAUGAUUGACCCUAAUUAGAUUUGUACUUUUCUCCAACCUUUCCUUGAUUGAAUUAUUAGGAGAGAUUUUCUACCUUCUAUGAUUGUGGUCUUUGAAAACUGAUUUAUUUUCAUGACCAACAAACACUUGCAUUAUUUAUUACUUUUUUAAACAUUCAAAUUGGGACAUAUAUACCUGGGGACGGUUUCAAUAAAGAUCUUAGUUGAUUUUAGUGGUAAAUUGACAUUAUCACAGUCAGUUUAAUUGUUUUGCUAAAAAUUUAUAUGAAUUGAAAUUUAGCUAGUCCUUAAAAUAAAAGACAAAGUUGAUUAAAGAUGCGCUCUUACUCCUAAAUAAGCAGUACCGCAAUUAAUACAAUUAAUUUAAAUUACCAAGGAUGAAUAAAUAUCAAAAACAUUGGUUCUUAUGAAGGAUACUGUGUUUAAUUUGAAAGAAAGGUUAUUGCAAAUCUUUUAGGACCCACCAGUCAUUUAAUAUUUGUGCGUUUUCAGCUGUUAAAUACGCGGUUACAAUCUUGUUGUCGGUAAUUAAUAUUUUCCAUAAAUGCACCAUUUAGUAAGUAGUUAAAGGUUUAUCUCUUUUAAAAAUUUAUGAUUGUUAUACAUUUUUAUGUAUUGAUUUUUAAUAUGAGUAUCAGUUUCAAUUAAAAAAAUAUAAUGUCUUGCCAUUUGUGGUGUUAAUACAUAUUGAGGAUUAUUGAAAUUAAGACUAAAAUCCUUUAUUGAAAUAGGCCCCUGAAACCUUUUAGGACUGCUAGUUGUGAAGAUUGCUUUAUUUUAGUGAUCUACUACUGGUCAAGCAUAUGAUUUUGUUAUGGAUCUGGUUUCCUUGAAUUGUUAUUGAUGUAUUUGUUAAGCCCUUUCCUGAUUGAACAAUGAAGCAAUACCAAAGGCUGUGAUUAUAGCAUAUAAGAUGAACAUUUACAUCCAAAGCUACUAUUAUUUGUUUACACGGUUAGAAAUCAUUUUGGAUGUCUUGAAAUGAAGUAUUUCAUAAGUCGCUGAAAAGCGCUUGCCCCAACAUAGGGCUUAUAAAUAGACAUUUUAAGUAAUACAUGUAUUUUAAAUUCAGAAAAUACAUAAAAAAAAUAUUCUUGUACAUCAAGUUAUUACUUUUCUAUUGUGUAUUGAAUGCAUAAAUAAAAGAAACACAGCAAUA